UGGUGUCCACAGAAGAGCCGCUAGGGGUCCUCACCCACAUGAGGGUGUGGCACAACAACGCUGGGUUUAGUCCAUCAUGGUACCUGAGUCAGAUUGUUGUAGCCAACAGGGAAACGAAAGUCACGACGUAUUUCCUAAGUAACAGGUGGUUCGCUAUUGAUGAGGGUGACGGAAAGAUAGACCGUAUCAUCCCGACAUCAGUGGAGAAGGAUAUUACUAAGUUCCACAACUUGUUUCUUGCAAAAAGCUCGAGGGAAAUGAACGAUGACCACCUGUGGUUCUCCGUUGCCGGCCGCCCUGCCCGGAGCCCGUUCACCCGUGUCCAGCGCCUGUCCUGCUGCCUGACGCUGCUCUACAGCAUGAUGCUCACCAACAUCAUGUUCUUCGGCCGCGGGGACGACUUCUACCCUCCAGAACCAAUCAGAUUCGCUGGUCUGAAGAUAAACCCGCCGAUUUCACUUCCGCAGCUGAUGAUCGGCAUACAGAGUGCAGCCAUCAUCCUUCCAGUCAACCUCCUCAUCGCCUUCCUCUUCCGCAAUUCGCGGUCUGGAGCACAAAAAAAGAGCAUCAGAAAGAAGUUAAAGCCAGGCAGCGGAGUCCAGCCAGCCAAGUCGGAGCCAGGCAGACACAGGGGACCUAAGAAAGAAGAAACGUUUAUCUCUGACAACCCAGACACGCCGUCGGUUUGGUACCCAAUUGCAAGAGGCCGACCCGUCCCCAUCCAGAAGCUCAGAGUGGUACAGUCCUCAUUGGAUGUUGAUGUUAAAGAAAGUUGCAAGACGCAUGACAACGCUGCUCAUGGACAGAAGUCGUCUCUACCCUGGUGGGGUGUGUUUAUAGGCUGGUUGCUUGUGUGGUCCGCUAGUUUCGUGGCCGCCUUCUUCACAGUUCUGUACACCUUGAGUUUCGGGAAAGCGAAGGCGGAGGCCUGGGCCUGCACCUUCGUGACGUCAUUCGUCACUGACCUGUUCCUGGUGCAGCCCGUCAAGCUGGUUCUGGUGGCGGUAAUCUUUGCGUUAUACACCAAGAAACCUGUGGAGGAUAAGGAUCCACCUCCCACGCCAACAGGAAAUGAUGAGGAAUACGUCAUAUACAAUGAGAAUAACUCACCUACAAAGGAAAAGUCAGGAACCAGUGCCACCAGCUGGGUACGGUAUUUUACCAUUAACCGUGCGGCUGACUAUGGAACCAACCCAAAGUUUCCAGUUGAGGUUAGGUCCACAUCACCACCAGAUGAAGACGUUUUGGCCGAAGCCAGAGCCAGGAGCGCAGAGAAACGCAAACGCCGUGCGGCUGUGCUGGAGGUGCUCGUGUUCGGCCUGUUCGUGACGGUGAUCAUGCUCACGGCGUACCAGGAACAGAGCCCGCUGGCCUUCUACAUGACACAGAACGUCAAGGAACAGAUCAUGGGAGAAGGGUUCUCUGAUGUCAACGACAUCGAAUCCUUCUGGAGUUGGCUUGAAGAUGAGCUGAUUCCGACAACACGUUCAGCAGAGUGGUACAACGGGCGCACCCUGGCGGCAGACACGGUACUGCAGGACAUGUUAACUCAUCCACUGGACUCGGUACAGCUGAGGCAGCUGCGGCUCAAACAGGGGCAACUCUGCGAAACAGCAAAGAGACUGCAGCAUAUAACACCACUUUGUACCGUGGGCUUUUCAAAACUAACGGAAGAUAUUGACGAUUACACCCAGGGCUGGAUUCGUGAAAACGAGACCUUCGACACUACAGACCCGGUACUAUGCACGCCCACAUCCCCCACCCCUACCAGUACAGUGGGCACGCCGACACCCCCCACCCCUACCAGUACAAUGGACACGGUCACAGGAGCGGACUGUGUGAGCAGUCUACUGACAGCAGAGGAAUUGGAAACGCCCUGGAAGUACAAUCAUGAUGCUUCUCUUAUUAACAGCUUCCCGUAUUUCGGCCAGCACGGCACAUAUCGCGCAGGUGGUUACAACGUUCCGCUGGGAAAGACUCGUGCCUCGGGUCUGCGGUUGGCGACAUUCCUACAGCAGCGCGGCUGGCUGGAUGAGAGAACGCGUGCCGUGAUCGUGGAGCUGAUUCUGUACAACCCACACGCCAACCUGUUCUCCAUGGUGACGCUAGUGGUGGAGUUUACCAACCUGGGAGCUGCCUACAGGGGAGGAGAGGUGGUAACUUUGAGGCUGAUGCAACAAGAGGCCAUCUUACUCUUGGCUUUGCGAGCUGUCUUGGCAGUCUUCAUUCUUGUAUUUGUUAUUAAAGAAGCCGAAAGGCUUUUCUCCCGUCCGAUGGAAUACCUGAAGGAUUUCUGGAGCUGGGUGGAACUUCUUGUAAUCGCCAUCGGCAUCGCGACUCUCGGUGUCUACUUCAACGCUCAGAGCAUCAUUGACAAAGCUGCCGAACAGCGGGCAUCUUCAAGCUCCGUUCUGGAUCUCUACAAAAGCGCAGUCAACUGGUUUCAGGUUUACACCUACCUGCUCGCGUUUCUCAUCUGUUGUGGCACGUUGAAGUUCAUUCGGCUCCUGCGGUUCAACUCACACGUUUACGCCCUCACCAUGACCAUCAGAAAGUCCGCCAGACCCGUUCUACUAUUUACCAUCAUCGCUGGCAUCAUUCUCAUGGCCUUCACUCAGAUGGGAAAUCUUCUGUUCGGAAUCAAACUUCAGGAUUACAAGAACAUCCUGACCAGUCUGACCAGCCUGUGUACCAUGAUGUUGGGUGUUUUUGAUUUCGAUGCUCUGGUGGAUGGACACUAUAUUCUCGGUCCUUUGAUGUUCUUUUCCUACCAGGUCAUGAUGCAGUUCAUAUUACUGAGCAUGUUCAUGGCUAUCCUCAUGGAUGUGUACGCAGAGGAAAGUCAGGAUCCGAACACUGAUGAUUUAAAGAUGGUAGCUUUUAUCAGAGAAACCACUUCAGAGGCCGCUGAGAAAGCAAACCGUACUUUGUCAACCGUUGGGAAUAGAAACGUCACAAAAACAGCCCAGGUUGGAACCCCGGAUAUGGACAAUAGCAGAAAGUUUUCAAAUGUGUUUGAAGAACUUGCUGGUAAAAUUUAGUAGCCAAUAUUCAACCAAUGAUCUAUGAGCUGAUUGGCCUUGGAUAUUUUAAGAAUUACUUAUAAAAAUGAAACUGAUGUUUUGCUGAUGCCUUGGUCACAAUUGUCAUGUAUACCUGCACACACGUACAUACAUACGUGUACACACACAAGCAUGUACAUGUAUGUAUAUACACAAGAGAACAGGCACAGACACGCACUAACACACAGACAUGCAUUAACAUAGACACGCACGCGCACACAAACACACACACGUACACACACAAACAUGCACUGGCUGGGAUGGUAUGAGUUUUAGUGGAAUUUAACAUGAUACAUAAAAUCUACACAAAAGUUAGUAUAAUAAAAUAAUGUUAACGUCAAAUUAUGACAAGAACAAGUUCAUUC